AUGUCGGGUAUCUUGAACCUUAAAGGCAGAGUCGCCGUCGUCACUGGCUCAUCAUCUGGCCUCGGCCGAGCAAUUGCUAUGGCACUGGCUUCAGAAGGUGCGAGUGUUGUGUGCAGUGACAUCACUCCCGACUUGCGGGCUGGUGGAUACGAAAAAGACAAUGUGUCAACGCACGAGGUAAUCGCUAGGACGGGAAAGGCCAUCUUCAAGAAAGCAGAUGCCAGUGCAGCAGAGGAUAUAGAAGCACUUGUCAAAGCAGCAGUGACCACAUAUGGUCGCCUGGACAUCAUGGUCAAUAAUGCAGGAGUCUUUUGUGGGCAACACAAGAUUGCAGAAGAGUCGGUUGAUGCAUUUGAUAAGACAAUGGGGGUCAAUUCCCGUGGUGUCUUUCUUGGAAUGAAGUAUGCCAUUGCGCAAAUGAUGAAGCAGGACCCUCUGCCCUCUGGAGACCGCGGUUGGAUAGUCAACAUCUCAUCAAUCGGUGGCUUGCUGGGGCUUUCAAUGGAACCCUCUUACUGUGCCAGCAAAGCCGCAGUUGUGGGAUUGACUCGUCAAGCCGCACUUGACUAUGCCCCUGAUAAGAUCCAUAUCAAUGCUGUCUGUCCUGGGUUUAUCGAAACUGCCAUGGUUCGCUCUGCCAUGGAGGAUGAGACACUUAAUAAAGAGAUUCGCUGUGCUACUCCAUGGCCACGCUUGGGCUUGCCAGAGGAUAUUGGCAAAGCUGUCCUUUUCCUGAGUAGUGAUGGGGCUAGUUGGAUUACAGGCGCCAUCUUGAAUGUCGAUGGUGGGUACAUUUCACGGUGA